GCAUUGAAAAAGAAAAACAGGAACGCGGCUUUCAUAACCUAUUUAUAUUAUUUUUUAACUUGUUUGUAUAAAAUGAUUGAUUUGUGAACUAGUUUCAAUUAUAUUUUUCUGCUGCUUUGGUCAUUUUCAAGUAAAAAAUGCCUAGUAAUUAUAAAGAGGAUUCCAGUGAAGGAGAUUCAGGAAGUGGAUCAGAUACGGACAGCAGCGGGUCGAGUCGCAGUGGCAGUCCCGCCUCAGCGAGAACUGCCGCAACUCCAGGCAGAAGUGGAGUGAGUGGGAGUGAGGAUGAGGCGAGCCAACAUUCCAGAGCCAGUGCUCAGUCCAAGAGUCCCGCACCGUCUGCAGCCUACAGUCCGCGCUCCCCUGCAGCUCAGAGUCCCUCUCAUUCAGAACGUUCGGAGAGUCAUCAGUCACACAGGUCGCCCAGUCCUGCUCAUUCGCGGUCCCAGAGUCCCGCUAAUUCAGAACACUCGCAAAGUCCAGCAGGCUCAGAACACUCGAAUCGGUCCCAUAGCCCUGCAGCAUCAGCUCGGUCAGCCAGUCCUCGUACUGUGAGAUCUGCCAGUCGUGAACCAUCUGCAAGUCCUGUACAUUCGGCAGCUUCGGGCAGCCCCAAAUCUCACCAUUCCCGGGCGGCUUCUGCUAGCCCUGCUUCCGAUCGCUCCAGAUCAAGGUCCCACAGCUCGGCUCGAUCUGAACAGAGUGCCAAAUCGGCUGCGGCCUCACAUCAUUCUGAAGCAAGUCCCACGUCUCGUCGAUCACGUAGUUCACAAAGUCCUGCUUCAGUUGCUUCCAAAAGCCAUGGGUCUCCCUCAAGGUCACGAUCUAGAUCUCCGAAGAGCCGACACUCUGGCUCCAGGUCCAGGUCUGGCUCUCCCAAAGGCACUCGCACAUCGGCUUCGAGAUCGAGAUCGAGAUCAGCGUCUCCCAAGAGCAGAGCAUCCCGCUCCAGGUCUAGAUCCGCAUCUCCAACCUCUCGAAAAGCUUCAGUUUCGAGGUCCAGAUCGCGAACCCCGGGCAGUAGGCGCUCUGCUUCUGGCUCCCCAAAGAGUGCAGCGUCUGCUUCUCGGUCUCGGUCGCGUUCAAGAUCGAAAUCACCCAAGAGCAGAGCGUCUGCUUCAAGGUCGAGGUCUGGAUCUCCGAAAAGUAGACGUUCAGCCUCUAGAUCAAAGUCCCGUUCCAGGUCACGAUCAGGGUCUGGCAGUCCUGUACAAGCUGCAAGGAGACGCUCUCGGUCCGGCUCAGCUGAUGGUGGAAACGAAGGCGCUGAAUCAGGAAACGAAGCUAAUGCAGGUACAAAGCGGAAGCACGCAGUCUUGAGUGAGAGUGGCUCUGAUUCUGACUCCAAAGCGACCAAGAAGAAAAAGGUGACAACAAUUGGAUCAGACAGUGAGGCUAGUGGAGAUGAGAAGAAAGAGGGUGCAACAGCCGAAGCAUUGUUUGGAGAUGCAAGUGAUAUAAGCUCUGAUGAAGAAGAAAAGGCCAAAGCAAAAGAAAAGAAAUCUGAUGACGAGGAAAGAAUAGAGAGUGACCGUGAAGAGAGAAGAAGGAGCAGGAGCGGCGAUGAAGAAGAAGAAAAUGAGAGAUUAGACGAAGAUGGAGAAGGAGCACCCAAAGAGAAAGAAGCGGAGGAACCACCUCCAGAAACAAGAAUCGAUGUUAAAAUCCCUAAAAUCUCGUGUGACUUGGGACGUGAGAUCCAUUUCGUGAAAAUGCCCAACUUCCUGUCAGUUGAAACUCGGCCUUUUGAUCCAGAUACUUAUGAAGAUGAGAUUGACGAAGAAGAAACUCUGGAUGAAGAGGGUAGAGCCAGGUUGAAAUUGAAGGUGGAGAACACGAUUCGAUGGCGCGAGGCGUUCGACGAUGAGGGCAACGUGGUGAAGGAGAGCAACGCCCGAGUGGUGCGCUGGUCGGAUGGCAGCUUCUCUCUUCAUCUUGGCUCCGAAAUUUUCGACGUUUACAAACAGCCGUUGCAGGGCGAUCACAACCAUCUGUUCAUCCGGCAAGGCACAGGUCUGCAGGGGCAGGCCGUCUACCGGACAAAGCUGACGUUCCGGCCGCACUCGACCGAGUCGUUCACGCACAGGAAGAUGACCAUGUCGCUGGCCGACCGCUCGCAGAAGACCCAAGGCAUCAAGGUCCUCUCUCAGGUCGGAUUCGAUCCCGACCAUCACAAGGGCGAAAUGAUCAAGAAAGAGGAGGAGAGACUGAGAGCAUCGCUGAGAAGAGAGAGUAAGCAGAAGAGAGUGAGAGAGCGCGGCGCAGGCAAAGGCCUGAGUGCCAGCUACCUGGAGCCAGACAGAGAGGAUGGCUCAGAUGACGAGGGAGCUAUAUCGCUCAACGCCAUCAAAAACAAAUACAAGAAAGGCUCUGCUAAUAAAAAUGAUCGUAAAAACAUCUAUUCGUCGGACGAUGAGGGAUCCGAUGUGGAAACCCACAGAGCAAAGAAGUUGGACAGAGCAAAAGCACUCAAGGACUCGGACGAAGAAGAGGAUGAGGAGAAUGACAAGGAUGACGACGACGACGAUGCUGCUAGUGGCAGUGGAAGUGCAAAAGGAUCCGCCGAUAACUCAGACGCCGCCGCCUCUGAUUGAGCAUUACUUCACUUACAUUUUCUAUUAUUUGUAGUAUUGUGUACUGUGUUAAUAAUCAUACAUUUUACUGUAAACAAUGUCCUAUCAUUUUAGUUAUAGAAUAAUAGGUUAGAAACCUUGUAAACCUUCACCAUUAAAUCGUAUAAAACGAUGA